AUAACGUCGCCGUUUCCCCGCUUAUACCAUAUCUCUCAGCCAGCAGGGUAGUGUUUAAAAACUGGACGACUCCACCCAGUUCUGCUCCACGGUACUGCCACCUCAGCUGCUCCUUCCUCACUCUCUUCCUCAAUCACCCUAUUGAUCGAUCAUUCGAUGGGAAGUUCGAAGAAAAAAGAAGAAGAAAAGCUUAGAUUUUGUAUAGAUAGAGGCGGAACGUUUACCGAUGUGUAUGCGGAAAUUCCAGGCAAGAGUGAUGGUCGGGAUUUGAAACUGUUAUCUGUUGAUCCGGCGAAUUAUGAGGAUGCUCCGGUGGAAGGGAUUAGGAGGAUUCUUGAGGAGUAUACAGGAGAGAAGAUUCCCAGAACCUCCAAAAUCCCCACGAGUAAGAUUGAGUGGAUAAGGAUGGGGACCACUGUAGCUACGAAUGCCUUGUUGGAGAGAAAAGGGGAGAGGAUUGCUUUGUGUGUCACUCGAGGGUUUAAGGAUUUGUUGCAGAUUGGUAAUCAGGCUCGUCCGAAUAUCUUUGAUCUUACGGUUUCGAAACCCUCCAACCUUUAUGAGGAGGUUAUUGAGGUUGAUGAGAGAGUUCAGCUUGUUGUUGAUGAGAGUGGGGAUGAUGGUUUGGGUUCGGUGGUUAAAGGGGUGUCGGGUGAGCUUGUGAGGGUUGUGAAGCCGGUUGAUGAACAAGGUUUGAAGCCUUUGUUGAAGGGGUUGUUGGAGAGAGGGAUUAGUUGUUUGGCUGUUGUGUUGAUGCAUUCUUAUACGUUUCCGCAACAUGAAUUGGCUGUGGAAAAGCUUGCUGUUGAUUUGGGUUUUCGACAUGUUUCUUUGUCUUCGUCUUUGACUCCCAUGGUUCGAGCUGUUCCUCGGGGGUUAACUGCUAGCGUGGAUGCGUACUUAACCCCAGUUAUCAAGGAUUAUUUGUCAGGUUUUAUGUCGAAAUUUGAUGAAGGGUUGGGUAAGGUGAAUGUUUUGUUUAUGCAAUCGGAUGGAGGGCUUGCACCGGAAAAUAGGUUUUCAGGACACAAAGCUGUUUUGUCUGGUCCUGCAGGUGGAGUUGUUGGUUAUUCGCAGACACUUUUUGGGCUUGAAACAGAGAAGCCCCUUAUUGGGUUUGAUAUGGGUGGUACAUCUACGGAUGUGAGCCGUUAUGCUGGGAGUUAUGAACAGGUCCUUGAAACCCAGAUUUCCGGUGCCAUUAUUCAAGCACCUCAACUUGACAUAAGCACUGUUGCUGCUGGUGGUGGAUCAAAGUUGAAGUUCCAGUUUGGAGCUUUCCGGGUAGGACCAGAAUCAGUGGGUGCUCAUCCAGGCCCAGUUUGUUAUCGUAAAGGUGGGGAAUUGGCAGUUACCGAUGCCAAUCUCGUUCUAGGAUUUGUCAUUCCUGAUCAUUUUCCAUCCAUUUUUGGCCCCAACGAAGAUCAGCCUUUAGAUAUCAAGGCAACAAGAGAAGAAUUUGAGAAGCUUGCCAAUCAAAUAAACUCCUAUAGGAAGAGCCAAGAUUCAUCUGCUAAGGACAUGACUGUGGAAGAGAUUGCUCUGGGAUUUGUGAAUGUUGCAAAUGAAACAAUGUGCCGUCCGAUACGGCAGUUGACAGAGAUGAAGGGCCAUGAAACAAGGAACCAUGCUCUUGCUUGCUUUGGAGGUGCUGGCCCACAGCAUGCUUGUGCCAUUGCCAGGUCGUUGGGCAUGAAAGAAGUACUUGUUCACAGAUUCUGUGGGAUCUUAAGUGCGUAUGGCAUGGGCUUGGCAGAUGUUGUUGAAGAGGCACAAGAACCAUAUUCUGCUGUUUAUGGCCCUGAUUCCAUCUUGGAGGCUUCCCAUAGAGAAGAUAUGUUACUGAAGCAGAUAAGGCAGAAGCUACAGGAGCAAGGGUUCAGAGAGGAGAACAUUACAACAGAAACAUAUUUAAACUUGCGGUAUGAGGGCACGGAUACUGCCAUCAUGGUGAAGAAACAUGUCAAUGAAGAGGGGUCAGGGUCCGACUAUGCAGUGGAGUUUGUGAAGCUAUUCCAGCAGGAGUACGGAUUCAAGCUACAGAAUAGGAAUAUUCUUAUAUGUGACGUCAGAGUUCGUGGUAUUGGAGUCACUAACAUACUGAAGCCACAAGUACUGGAACCCACUUCUGGUAACCUGGAAGUGGAAGGCCACUAUAAGGUUUACUUCGGGAAUGGGUGGCUUGAUACACCUCUAUACAAGCUUGAUAAUCUGGGUUGUGGACACAUCAUACCUGGCCCUGCAAUCAUCAUGAAUGGAAAUAGCACGGUGGUAGUGGAACCCCAAUGCAAAGCUAUCAUAACGAUAUAUGGAAACAUCAAAAUUGAAAUUGAGUCUAGCAUGAGCACCGUGAAAAUAGCCAAAAAAGUUGCAGAUGUUGUGCAGCUCUCAAUUUUCAAUCACAGAUUUAUGGGAAUAGCUGAACAAAUGGGACGGACGCUACAGCGAACUUCCAUAUCAACAAAUAUCAAGGAAAGGCUAGAUUUCUCUUGUGCUCUCUUUGGCCCUGAUGGGGGACUAGUUGCUAAUGCCCCCCAUGUCCCUGUGCAUCUUGGAGCCAUGUCCAGUACUGUUCGGUGGCAGCUCAAUUAUUGGGGAGAAAACUUGAAUGAAGGUGAUGUUUUGGUCACCAACCAUCCUAGUGCCGGAGGUAGCCAUCUUCCUGACAUAACUGUCAUCACACCUGUGUUUGAUAAUGGUAAGCUGGUUUUUUUUGUUGCAAGUAGAGGACAUCACGCAGAGAUUGGGGGUAUUACUCCUGGAAGCAUGCCCCCCUUUUCAAAGUCAAUAUGGGAAGAAGGAGCUGCAAUUAAAGCAUUUAAGCUUGUAGAAAAGGGGAUUUUUCAGGAAGAGGGAAUUGUUAACCUUCUCCAGGAAUCAGCUCAUAAAAUCCCUGGAACUCGCCGGCUUCAAGACAAUUUAUCAGACCUACAUGCACAAGUAGCUGCAAACCAGAGAGGUAUCUCCCUUAUCAAAGAACUGAUUGAGCAGUAUGGUUUGGAAACUGUUCAGGCCUAUAUGACCUAUGUACAGCUAAAUGCAGAAGAAGCUGUGAGGGAAAUGCUCAAAUCAGUUGCUGCUAGAGUUUCAUCUCAGUCAGACAAGUUUGGAGAGAAUAAUAAUGUAACUAUAGAAGAAGAAGAUAGCAUGGAUGAUGGCUCUGUCAUACAUCUGAAACUAACUAUUGAUUCUAAUAAAGGGGAAGCAUUUUUCGAUUUUAGUGGGACAAGCCCUGAGGUGUAUGGGAAUUGGAAUGCACCAGAAGCAGUAACAGCUGCCGCAGUCAUAUACUGCCUUCGCUGUUUGGUGGAUGUUGACAUUCCUCUCAACCAAGGUUGUUUAGCCCCGGUUGGAAUCCAUAUUCCUAAAGGCUCAUUCCUCUCUCCAAGUGACAAGGCUGCAGUUGUUGGAGGUAAUGUUCUCACAUCUCAGAGGGUAACAGAUGUUGUACUUACUGCCUUUCAGGCCUGUGCUUGUUCUCAGGGUUGCAUGAAUAAUCUCACUUUUGGGGAUAAUACUUUUGGCUAUUAUGAAACAAUUGGAGGUGGAAGUGGUGCUGGUCCUCACUGGGAUGGGACAAGUGGAGUCCAGUGCCAUAUGACCAAUACCCGUAUGACUGAUCCAGAGAUUUUUGAGCAAAGGUAUCCUGUUCUUUUGCAUAAGUUUGGACUAAGAGAGAACAGUGGAGGAUCUGGGCUUCAUAAAGGGGGUGAUGGGCUUGUAAGAGAGAUAGAGUUCAGGCGGCCAGUUGUAGUGAGUAUUCUUUCAGAAAGGCGUGUGCAUGCACCAAAAGGUCUGAAGGGGGGAAAAGAUGGGGCUCGCGGGGCCAAUUACCUAAUUACCAAAGAUAAACGGAGAGUUUACCUUGGAGGUAAGAACACAGUUGAGGUGCAGGCAGGGGAGAUUCUUGAGAUUUUAACUCCUGGAGGUGGUGGGUGGGGUUCAUGUUGAUUUUUUGGUGCAAACUGCUGCAUUGAGGUGGUAGUGGUGGGUGGAUUUGUUGUUGGUUUCUCCGAUGCUGCAUUGAGAUGCCUGUUCUGAGUGCUAUGACUGUAUCAAGAGCAGUUGGUGCUAUGAAACUUGCUGUAGUUGCUGUAUCAGCUGAUGCUGCAUAGCUUGCAGUAUUGCCCAGUUUGCUACAGGUUGAUUUCAUUGCUGUUUCUGCUUUGAUCCCGGUUUUGCAGCUCCAUUGCUUUUGCAACAUUCUGGCAAAAAAGAACUGAUGUGUCAGGAGUUUCUUAUUUCCUUGGCAUGAGUUUGCUUUUUCUUAAACUUGCUAUUGUUCUCUCCUAGAUAGUGAUACUCCAGACUGUUAUAUUGGGUGGUUAUGAAAUGUUCUCAUGUGAACAAAUGAAAUAAUUCAUGGUUUAGUA